UCUUUUGACAUUUUUCGUGAGGAAAAUAAUCAUCUACCCGGACGGAAAAAUUCGAUUUUCUUCUUUUUUUUUUAUCUUGUAAAAGAAGAAAAAAUUAAUUUAUACUUAAAAAUUUCUGUAUAACAAACAAAUCAGAAAAACAACAAACAAAAUGAGUGAUGAUUAUUUAAAUAAACCAUUGUCAUUAGAUACAGGAUCAUCUUCAGCACCUUCUUCUUAUGGCAAUGAAACUCGCGCACGUACAACAAUACCUGCCUUUUCAUCACCUUACCUCAACUAUGACCCAAGAUUCAUGCAACAAUCUCAGCCAGAGUUUAUUUUCCCCGAAGGAGCCAACAAACAACGAGGUCGUUUUGAAUUGGCCUUCUCACAAAUUGGAUCGUCAGUUAUGGUUGGAGCUGGUAUUGGUGGUGUAGCUGGUUUCUACAACGGCAUGAGAACAACAUCAGCUUUGCAACAAACUGGAAAAUUAAGGAGAACACAGCUUCUUAAUCAUGUGAUGAAACAAGGAUCAGCAACUGCCAAUACUCUUGGAACUUUGGCUGUGAUGUAUUCAGCAUUUGGUGUGCUGUUGCAAUUUGCCAGAGGAGAGGAUGACGAGCUCAAUACAGUUUUGGCAGGCACAGCAACUGGUUUUCUUUAUAAAUCUUCAGCUGGUCUAAGAAAAUGUGCUGUUGGCGGUGGAGUUGGUCUUGGUAUCUCAGCCCUGUACGUUCUAUUUCAAAUGUCACGGAAUGGCUCGAGUAGUAUGCCAAUUAAAUCGUUUUUGUAAACAAAAUUUGCAAUAAUGAUGUGAAAUUUCAGUAUAGGAAGAUGUGGGCGUAGUGAUGCUCUUGCUCUUGAGAGUUUUAGUUGAUAAAAUAUUAGCUUCGGACAACAAAUAUAAGUUAA